GAGUUAACUUUUUACUGCAGCUUCUGGCUUCACUGCAAAGUGCUUUUCUUCCAGGCUGACUUUAAUAUUUAACUGUGUGAGGCUGGUUCCUGACAGAGAGACUCAGCACUGAGAAGAAGAGGGAGAGGAGUAUUAGCACAUCACAAGUCAAACCAAGAAAUGUAUAUUUCAGAAGUCAGAACUUUCCUACACAGAAGGAGCAAAGAGGUUCAGAAGACCUAAACAUUGAUGGUUGGAUACACAGAAGAUAUUUAAAAAAAAAAAUUUAUGGAACUUCGAGGAAUAUAUGCUCAAGACAAAUGCAAAACUAAGGACAUGUGCUUCAUCUAAUACUCCACAGUUGUGUUCUUUGCUGUUAUGGGCAGUGGCAGCAGUAAGAGCAAAAGAAGAGUCAUCAGCUUCUGCAGUCAACAGCCUCUGCACCCUACAGAGAUACCCAAAGGAGAGAGAAUUGUACGAGGAAUGGUUGCCUGUGAGCAGAAUAAAGGGGAUGAUGGAACGAUGGCAAAGGCCACCCAACCUGUACUGGAAACUAAAAAUAGCAGGUCACCUCCAAUUGACCCAGAUCUGCAGCUACUAGAUGACAUACUGACAGAGUCUGAGGAUUGCUCGUCUUGGCAGGAGCCUAUGGGUAAAGGACCAAAGAUGACAAACUCAAUCCAAGAAAAUCAAAGAUGGGAUAAAGAAGUUCCAAGGACGCUAAAAAUGACGGCAAAGCUACAACCAGUAUCUUCUGAGAAUGACGGAACCCUACAUAUACAGCAAACUAUGGGAGGGGGCAGCAGCAAAACAUGACGGAGCAGAAGACGGGAUUGCCUAAAAGAGAUAAACUAAGCCAAGCUCCAGGAACCACAGGAAUAUUUGACCUUGAAAACAACAACAACUUACCCAAGCCGUCACACACGUGUCCUGAUCCUACGGAAGCAGACAACCCUAUUGCCUAUGAUGACACGGAGGAAGCCCUGAUGGAAAGCAUUGAAGAAGAAUACUCACAACUCCACCCCGUCCCCUCAAUGCACUGCCAAAAAAUGUGAGAGCCAAAGCAUGUCCAAGCUCAAACCCUGACCUCCACCAGCUUUCCAACUUUAAUUUGCUUCAUAGAUAGCACUCGGUUAUUAGUGUAUUUACAUAACUAUUAUAUUUAAAUAUAUUAUCUUCAAUAUGUCAUUAAGAUGGGCUGUCCCUAGGCAAGCCGCUGUCCUGUUGAGUUACUAUAGAUCUGCAAAAUGCGAUAAUUAAAAUGUCCUCUAACUGCACCCAGUUCCACAAUGGGGUGCAACCCAGUGAGUUAAUAGCAUGAUAAUUAUAUACCUUCCCAGCAGGACAGGAGGAUGUAGUGCAAUCUACUGAAAUUCAUUUCUGGUAGGCCGAUGACCUGUAGGCUUGAACGGAGCUCUAGGAGUGUAAGAAAUACAAUGCAAUCCAGUACUAAGACCAGCGGUGGCCAAAUCCAGGCACACAGGUCAGGACAAGUUGUUAAUCAAGUUUUGAUUUAAGGUUAAACUUCUUAGAAGUGGCCAAAAUCGCACUGGAAAUCGGUCUUUUACAGUGGUGGUCCUUU